GCUGGAGGAGAAGGCCCAUCAUGCAAUUCGCUCGCCUCUACGGGUUAAGCCUGUUCUGAUUUUCAAGCCUGCCUCGGAAGAUGUCCGCAAUGGCUGCAUCUCAAAGACUCAGAGUCUCCGACGAUGCGUCCGAAUAAGACGGCAAGAGGAAGGAAAGAAGCGGUCCGAAGGGGGCCCGUUUAAGGUCCCGGAUCAGCAUGACCACCGGCUUCAGCUCCAGCUCCGUCCGCUUCGCUGAUUACUUCGUGAUUUGCGGACUCGACACCGAAAGUGGACUGGAACCAGACGAGCUGUCCGCAUUAUGCCAGUAUGUAGAGGCUUCUAGACACAGAGAUGGUGCCAGAGGAGAGAACUUGGGUGCAGAUGAAGGUGAGAACUUUGAACAGAGUCCCUUGCGGAGAACAUUCAAGUCGAAGGUUCUUGCCCACUACCCUGACAAUGUGGAGUGGAACCCCUUUGACCAGGAUGCGGUCGGCAUGCUGUGCAUGCCGAAGGGUCUGUGUUUCCGUACACAGCGGGACGCUGAGGAGCCGCAGUUCCACCGCGUUCAUCAUCCGCAGCGGGAGGGGCGGCAAAGCGCUCCCCUCUGACAGCUGACCUUCUUGGAGGUCGCGGUCAAGCGCCAGAAUCUGGCGCGCCAUGGGGCGGCUCACCACCCACAUGCACAGCGCCGGCGCCGAUGCGACAUCAUCAGCGGGCCCAGCCAUCGGCACAUCCUCCCACAGGCCCCUCCCCUCGCGCCUCCCGAGCGCUCAGGCCCCUCCCCCUCCCGCCUGCAGCGCUUCAACUCCUACGACAUCACGCGUGACACGCUCUACGUGUCCAAGUGCAUCUGCCUGCUGGCGCCGCUGGCCUUCCAGUCGGCCUGCCGGAAGGUUCUAAACAACUUUACGCAGGCGUCCAUCUUUCGGCCCAAAGCGCCGCCACGCUGCCCUGGAGGCUUCAUUGGCCUGGCGUGGCAAGCAGUGCCGCUGCCCCCAAUGGGCGCUUCGCUGCGCUUCAGUGGCGUCUACGCGCCCGUGGUGUGCCAGCGUCCCGGCGCCGCCGAGCUGCCACUCUUCGACUUCCCGCUGGCAGACGUCUUCCUGCUGCUGGGCGCCGAGAAUCUGCUGCAGCUCUUCACCUGCGCCCUGCUGGAGAUCCAGAUCCUGCUCUACUCCCAGCACUACCAGCGGCUGAUGGCGGUGGCGUGGAGGCAUGCUAACUUGUGCUUCGUGGAUGUUGAUAAUCACUGCGUUGAGCUGCCAGAGGACCUGCCCCAGUUCCCUCAGCGGGGGGAGUUUCUGCAGGAGCUGACGGAGGCCCUGCAGCGCUUCAACCUGCCACCAGAGGGCAGUGCCACACCAAUCCCACACAGGCCGCGGCCACGCUGCCAUGACGACAAGCGCAACGGGAAUGUGGGCGUGGCUGCGCUAGACUCCGCCCUGCUGCGAGAGAACGCCACCAUCGCUCGGCUGCAGGCUCUCGUCAAGAAGACCGGCAUCAGCCUGGAGAAGCAGCUGGACAGUAAAGAGGAGGCUGAUGACGGUAAGGACAUGAAGCUGCAGUGCGACCCGGACGAGUGGUGGACGCAGCGUCUGAACAUCACGCUGCGCGAGGUGUUCGCCAACCGCUUCGCCUUGAUGUUCGCCGACUACGAGGUGUUCGUCAUCCAGCCCAGCCAGGACAAGGAGGCCUGGUUCUCCAACCGAGACCAGAUGCAGAACUUCGACAAGGCAUCCUUCCUGUCGGACCAGCCUGAGCCCUCCCUCCCCUUCCUGUCCCGUUUCCUGGAGACACAGACGUUUGCUUCCUUUAUCGACUCCAAGAUCCUUCACCAUGACGAUGAGGAGCAUGCGCACGCUCUGCGCUUGUUUGACGCGCGUGUGGACAAGGUGCGCAUGCUCAACGUGCGGACACCCACGCUCCAUACAGAGCUCUACCAGAGGGCCACACACAUCGAGGAGGCGGAGAGAGCCAUUGAGGCCCGUCUGAGGAAGAUUGACCACACGGCGCUGCAUCCCCACCUUCUGGACAUGAGGAUCGGUCAGGGGCGCUACCAGCCUGGCUUCUUCCCCCGACUGCAAGCAGACGUGCUGGCAACCGGCCCCAGUAGCAACAAAUGGACCAAGCGCAGUGCUCCUGCUCAGUGGAGGAGGCGUGACCGUCAGAAGCAGCAUGCGGAGCAUCUCUACCUGGACAACGACCAGAGAGAGAAGUACAUUCAGGAGGCCAGGAACUUGGGCACCACUAUUAGGCAGCCCAAACUCUCUAAUCUCUCGCCGUCAGUGAUCGCCCAGACCAACUGGAAGUUUGUAGAGGGUCUCCUGAAGGAAUGCAGGACUAAGACCAAGCGGAUGCUGGUAGAGAAGAUGGGCAGGGAGGCGGUGGAGCUGGGCCAUGGGGAGGGCAGCAUCACUGGCGUGGAGGAGAACACACUCAUCGCCAGCCUGUGUGACCUGCUGGAGCGCAUCUGGAGCCAUGGCCUACAGGUCAAACAGGGGAAGUCUGCCCUCUGGUCUCACCUGCUUCAUUACCAGGAGAGUAAAGAGAAGAAGGACACACCCUGCACCCUGGGCCCCCCUCCUGGUUUCAUUCAGGAACAGGAGAGGCGGAAGUCUGAUGCUGGUUGCAGCCUACCCCUCCUCAAGGUCUCUCUCAUUCAAGACAUGAGGCACGUGCAGCACAUGGGGGAGUUUGAUCAUGGAGCACAUGGGGAAUGUGUGUGUGUGCUGCUCUCCACGCACCUCAAGCUGCUCCUGUCUGACCACGAGCUCACCAAGAAGCUGUAUAAGCGGUAUGCGUUCCUGCGUUGUGAUGAUGAGAAGGAGCAGUUCCUCUAUCACCUGCUUUCCUUCAACGCCGUGGACUAUUUCUGUUUUACCAAUGUCUUCACCACCAUCAUGAUUCCGUACCACGUGUGGGUCAUCCCCAGUAAGAAGCUGGGCGGCUCCAUGUUUACAGCAAACCCCUGGGUGUGUGUGUCCGGCGAGCUGGCCGAGACCGGAGUGCUGCAGCUGCCCAAGAACACACUGGACAUCACUUUUGAGUGCCAAAACCUGGGCCGUCUCACCACUGUCCAGAUGGGUCAUGAUAACUCGGGUCUCUACGCCAAGUGGCUGGUGGACAGUGUGAUGGUGCGCAACGAGAUCACUGGACAUGCAUACAGGUUCCCGUGCGGCCGCUGGCUGGGUAAGGGGGUGGAUGACGGCAGUCUGGAGCGCAUCCUGGUGGGGGAGCUGUUGUGCAGCGAGACAGAGGAGCGUCUGAGUCGCACGCCGCCCAUGCAGCCCUCACCAGGCAUGAUGCGCCGCCUAGUGGCCAUCUCGCCCAACAGCAAGCCGAGCCUAACAGAGGUGCAUCUGUGUGUGUGUGUGUGUGUGUGCAUGCAGAGGGGUAGCCUGACUCUGCUGCUGUGUGGGGAGUAUGGCCUUGUGUGGGCUCUGGAGCAGGUGUUCCUUCACGGCUUCAAAUCCCCACGACUCUUCAAGAACAUCUUCAUUUGGGACUUCUUAGAGAAGGCGCAGGUGUGUUUUGAGAGUGCGGAGCGUCAGCAGCAGCAGGAUGAGAACUGGCUGAGUCGCGCGCGGCUCUUCUGCCGGGUCAUGCGCGCCAUCAACGUCUCCCCCAGAAACAUCGGCAAGGACGGAAAGUUCCAGAUGCUCGUGUGUCUGGGAGCUCGGGACCACCUGCUCCACCAUUGGAUCGCGCUGCUGGCUGACUGUCCAAUCACAAUGCAGAUGUACGAGGACUCGGCGUUGCUGAAGGACCACUCAUUGGUCAACUCCCUCAUCCGCGUGCUGCAGACCCUGCAGGAGUUCAACAUCACACUGGAGGCCUCGCUCAUCAAGGGGAUCGGCCUCUGAGACUGGGACACACACACACACACACACACACACACACAUAUAUUCAGUACACAUACACACAUGAACACACAGACAUAAACACACACAAAAACAACAUGCACACACACACACACACACACACA